AUGCUGGCGGCGGCAACGCUGGGGCCAGGCCGGGCCCUUCCGGUAGCGGCGACCGGGGAGGGGGGAGAAGGACCGGACAGUCCCGGCCCGAGGCCACGCCCCCACACACAAGGCCACGCCCCACCGGAGCCCGGUGCCCGGUGCCCGGUGCUGGUUCCCGGUGCCCCGUGCACGGAUCCCGGCUCCGGUUCCCGAUGUCGGUUCCCAGUUCCCUGUUCCCGAUCCCGAUGCCUUGAUCCCGGUCCCGGGGCUCGGAUCCCGGUUCCCUGUUCCCGAUCCCGGUGCUCGGAUUCCGGUCCCGAUGCUCGGAUAUCGGGCCCGGUACCCGGAUCCCGGUGCUCGAAUCCCGGUCCCGGUGCCCGGAUCGGGUGCUCGGAUCCCGGUGCCCGGAUCCCGGUCCCGGAUGCCGAUCCCGGUGCUUGGAUCCCGGUUCCCUGUUCCCGAUCCCGGUUCCCUGUUCCCGGUUCCCGAUUCCCGGUCCCCUUCGGUCCCGCCCCGGGCCCCGCCCGCCGCCGCCCCGCCCCCGGCGCCGCGGCCGCCGCCGCCCUUUGUCCGCUGCCGUUGCCGCGGGCCCCGCCAUGGCGGAGCGGUGAUGGGCGGCGGGGCCGGCCCGGCGAUAACGGGGCCGAGGGGAACCGGGAGCCUCAUGCAGGGGCCGCCGCCAUGGGGCAGGUCCUGGGCUUCGCCCACUGCAAAGAGGCUCCGUCCACGGCCUCCACCACCCCGGACUCCACGGAGGGUGGCCCUGAGGAGCCCGAGUUCCCCCCUGAGCUUGCGGUGGCCCCGGAGCCCCCCGAAGAGGAAGAGGAGGAUGAAGAUGGGGGGACUUCCCCCCGGACCCCCCCCCGCGAGCUCACCUUCUCCUACAUCGCCUUUGGAGGGGGGGGCAGCGCCCCAACAGAACCGGGACCCCGCUGCCGCCGGGACCCCCGCCGGAGCCGCCCCCCCCGCCUGGGCUCGGGCCCCGCCCCCCGGGGGCUGGACCCCCAUUUAGGGGUCAGAGCCCCCCCAAAGCGGCCUGGGGACCCCCCGCCCCCCCCCGAGGGGCGGCUGGAGGUGGAGGGGGCCCUGCCGGUGGGGGGGGGGGGCGAGAUGGAGGAGCCCCCGAUGAGGCCGGCAGCCCCCCCCCAGCCCGCAGGGGGCGCCCCGCAGCCGGCCCGCCCCGCGCCCCCUCCGGACCCCCCGCCGAACCCGGACCCGCCUCCUGCGCCCCCCGACCAAUCAGCGAGCCCGGCGGGCGCUGAUGUGCUGGUGUGGGAGCUGCUGCACUGGCGGGACCCCGCGCGCUCGGCGCUGGUGCUGCUCGCGCUGCUGGCGGGGCUCGGCUGCCUCGCGCGCUUCAGCGCCGUCAGCGUCGGUGCCUACGGGGCCCUGGCGGUGCUGGCGGUGACGCUGCCCCGGCGCCUGCACCAGGGAGCGCUGCGGGCGCUGCGGCCGCACCGGGCGCCGCGGUGA